AUGGACGAAACAAUCUGGAUGGGGCGAGAUUAUCGCGUUCGAGAACACUUUGAAGCUGGAGUACUAAUGGGACUCGGAACGUUCAACUUGAUGCUAUCCACUCUACCAUCGAAGGUGCUACGAUUGCUGGAAGUGGUCGGAUUUUCAGGAGAUAGGAUAAUCGGAAUGCGUUCGUUGCAUCGUUGUGCUGCUAUGUCGAAUACGGUGUUCGCCUCCUUUAGUGUGAUGCUUCUUCUCGUAUGGCAUCUGAUCGUUUGUUUCAUGUGA